AUGCCACACGGGUUGGCGAUCUCCGGCCUCCGCCUCGCUCUGCUCUGCACAGCCCUCGUGGGCCCGCGGAGGGGCGCGCUCGCCGUCAAGCAAAGGCUGGCGGGCGAGGCGGAGAGACGAGUGGUUUACAAGACAGACUCGGACGCCGAUGUCUCCACCGAGGACAUGAUGCAGAUGCUGUCGGCCCUCCAGGAUGCCCUCCUGUCAAACUCCUCCGGUUUCCAGGACAGCGUAGACGCGAGCAUCGGAGAGUUGCAGGCCCUGGUCUCCAGCUUCUCCCAGCGGGCCAGGGAGCUGGACGUCGGUCUGGUGCAGCUCAGCCGCGGCAUCUCGGCGCAGGACUUCGUCCCUCUUCUGGCCAACUACUUCAACUUGACGCUGUCUUCGCAGGCUGCCCACGACAGCGAGGUGACCAAGAUCUACAACCGAAUGGAGGCCUCUAUGCCAGAGAAGCUGCGGUUGGCCGUGCAGCCAGUCGUAGGCAUGUUCAUCGCCAGCGACGCGGUCUCCGCCCCGUUCGACCACGCGGUUUUCAGGGCAACGCCGCAGGACGAGCUGUGCAGCAAGGCUGCGCCCAUCAUAGACUACAUGCUGAGCUACCAUGUGAACCUGACCAAGGUGGACGGCCUCCUGAACACCACUGUGAGGAUACUUCCGAUCCUAAGCAUGGCGACGCCGGAGGCGCCGCAGGAGGUCGCCACCUUCCUGGAGAACCUGGUGGAGCUGGGCUACCGGGAGACCGCCGCCCGCGAGAGGUCGUGCCGUAGCCUCCUGCACUUGGUCUCCCCGGUGGUGUCCGAGAAGCUCGGCUGCGACUUCACCUCCUCUCGGGGGCCUGGGCCAUCCGACUCCAACGGCUCCGCCUCGGACUCGGACCCCGAGGGCAGCUCCGCCCCCGCGCCGCACGCCAGCCUGGCGGCGGCGCUGUGGCGGGCGGCGUUCGCCCUCGCGCUGCUGCCCUGA